CCUGCACAUGGCUGAGUCUGUCCACUCUGCCAGCUGGGUCCUGCCUGAGCACCAGCAGGUACAGGCGGUGCCUGGGUUCUGGCCCCCUUAGGCAUUAGAUGCGGCCCCCACCCUCCCAUGCAGCUCAUAUAUGGUGGGGAUUGUUGGGGGGACCCCAGUGAGCCUUGUACUUGCCCUGGGGAACCACAGCUGGGAGAGCCCCUCAACCCCAGUCCCCUUUGCAGCUCCCUGGGCAGAGCCUCAGCGUGACAGUGUUGCUUUUAAAGGUGAAACAUGUAGCCCGGCAGAGCCUCAAGGUGCUGCCCGCCGUGCGGGUGCAGAGCUGCUCCUUCACCUCGGCGUCUGUGUUGCAGGGACUGUUUCAAGGCCUUUUACGUCCACAAGUUCAGGGCCAUGCUGGGGAAGAACCGGCUCAUCUUUCCGGGUGAGAAGGUGCUCCUGGCGUGGUCAGGGGGCCCUUCGUCCAGCUCCAUGGUCUGGCAGGUCCUUGAGGGCCUGAGUCAAGAUUCUGCCAAAAGACUGCGCUUUGUGCCAGGGGUCAUCUAUGUUGACGAGGGAGCAGCCUGUGGCCAGAGCGCAGAGGACAGAGCAGAGACACUGGCCCAAGUGAAGCUGGUCCUGCAAACCGUCGGAUUCCCGUGGCACUUGGUCGCCUUAGAGGAGGUGUUUGGCCUGCCGCCGUCGGUGCUGUGCUGCUCUGUCCCGGAGCCGACAGGGGCCGAGGGGGCCUACAAGGCGGCCGUGGACAGUUUCCUCCGGCAGCAGCACGUGCCUCAGGGUGAGGGCGCCCAGGACGGCUCUAGCCCGGCCCAGGAGCAGGGGCAGCUGUGCCAGCCCCCCAUGCAGAAACCCCUGGGCCUCCCGAGCCUGGCAGGGUCACCUGCGGCUGCCCAGACGGAGGCUCUGUCCAGACUGUUCCACUCGGUGAAGACGCUGACGGCCAAGGAGGAGCUUCUGCAGACCCUGCGGACCCACCUGAUCCUGCACGUGGCCCGAGCCCACGGCUACUCCAAGGUGAUGACUGGGGAGAGCUGCACCCGCUUGGCCGUCAAGCUCAUGACCAACCUGGCGCUGGGGAGAGGGGCCUUCCUGGCCUGGGACACGGGCUUUUCAGACGAGCGGCACGGGGACGUGGUGCUGGUGCGGCCCAUGCGGGACCACACCCUGAAGGAGGUCGCCUUCUACAACCGCCUGUUUGCCGUCCCUUCAGUCUUCACGCCGGCCAUCGACACCAAGGCCCCCGAGAAGGCCAGCAUCCACCGGCUGAUGGAAGCCUUCCUCCUGCGGCUGCAGACCCAGUUCCCGUCCACCGUCAGCACUGUGUACAGGACGAGCGAGAAGCUGGCCAAGGCGCCCAGGGACGGCCGUGCUGCUGGACCCCGCUGCCUCCUCUGCAUGUGCGCGCUGGACGUCGACGAUGCUGGUCUGUGCCGGGUCUUUGGGGUGACAGUAGGGGGAGUGGGUGUUGGGGUUCAGCAGCCCCAGGGUCCCCUCAGCCUCUCUGUGCUUACAGACAGUGCCACGGCCUUUGGGGCUCAGACUUCACCGCACUUCUCCCCGAUGCAGCCGCCCGCUGAGGCCAGGCCCCCCCCAGCACCCUGCUGCGUUCCAGGGGUGGGCAGGGCCCAGGGCUGCUGCAGGGGGGCCUGCGGGAGGGAGAACCCCCACGUGUGCGUCAUCGAGCAGCUGUGCUACGGCUGCCGUGUGAACAUGAAGGACCUGCCCUCCCUGGACCCCCUGCCUCCCUACAUCCUGGCCGAGGCCCAGCUCCGCAGCCAGAGAGCCCACGUCCUGCAGGAGGUCCAGGAGUAUCUGAUCGUGGACAGCGACGGGGAGGCCACUGAGAGCUGAGCCUCAAGGACUUGAGUGCAGGGACAGCAGGCACCUGCCCCAAGGAAGGCAAGGUGUGGGGGUCCCUGUGGUCAUCUGUAUAAAUAAAAAUGUUUUUAAUUAGAAAACUCUACAGUACACAAAGGGAGGGCCAGGCCCAUAGGGCCACCUGGGCGAGGGGACGGCGCGGCAGCACCACAUGGGCGGUGGGGACACAGCGUCCUUCUGACAGCAGCAU